AUGGGUUCUGGAAAGAUGUUAGCCGGGUUGAACCGGCUCUGGAAGACUGGGUUGGGUCGCCAUACGAAUGAUGGGAAUUUGAUCUUUGUAAAGUUCAUCAUGACAAAUAUUGCAAAACUUGAGUUCAUGGCUUUAGAUAUUAUUGGGAAAAACUAUUUGUCAUGGGUAUUGGAUGCUGAAAUACAUUUGAAUGCCAAUAAUCUGGGUGAAACAAUUAAAGAAGGAAAUAAAGCAAACAUCCAAGAUAAGGUAAAAGUCAUGAUCUUUUUACGCCAUCAUAUUCAUGAGGCUUUGAAAAGUGAGUAUCUCACUAUCAAGGAUCCACUUGUCCUUUGGACCAACCUGAAAGAAAUGUAUGACCACCAGAAAACGGUAAUAUUACCGAGAGCUCGUUACGAGUGGAUCAAUUUAAGAUUGCAAGACUUUAAGUCUAUAAGCGAGUACAACUCGGCAAUGUUUAGAAUCACAUCACAAUUGAUUCUAUGUGGUGAAAAUAUUACUGAUAAGGAAAUGUUGGAAAAAACAUUCUUAACCUUUCACCCCUCAAAUGUGAUACUACAACAACAAUAUCGUGAAAGGGGUUUCACCAAAUAUAGUGAGUUAAUAUCAUGUUUGCUUGUGGCCGAGCAAAACAAUGAGCUCUUAAUGAAAAAUCAUGAGACUCGUCCGGUUGGAGCAACCCCAAUCCCUGAAGCUAAUGUGGCAACAUAUAAUGGUCAAAGUGAAAGUUACGGACGUGGUCGAGCAAAAGAAAUAGAGACAAAUUUUACAUAUGAGGUUACCAAUGUUGAUAAAGACCAUAAUGAUACAACUAAUCUGGAUUAUGAUGAUUUCCUUAUUGAGCCAACUAACUUGGAUUCUGGUGAUAUCGUGGCUGAUACAACCCAGUUGGAUGCUUGCAAUUUUCCUUACAUAUGA